AUGAUGGAAGAGAUCUAUGAUGUCAGGCCAGAAAAGUUCAACGAGGCACUUAAAUCUUAUCUUAAAUCAACUAACAAAGUGGUUCCUAUAAAAGACCAUGAUAUCAUGAAGACGGGAGAAGGACGGGAGCAAGCACCUAUUGAUGAAGACUGGUAUUUCACGAGAAUGGCCUCUAUUGUGAGGCAGAUAUCUAUAAGGGGCACAGUUACUCCCGAGUAUCUUGCAAAUAAAUAUGGUUCCUCCAAAAACAGAGGAUGCCGUCCCAGCAAGUAUGUUGGUGCUUAUCCAGAAAUAGGGAUCUCUGUACUCGAGAAUCUAAAGAACAUGGGGUGGAUAAACGAUCAUCCUCAGGACAUGCUCACAGAAAAGGGAAAAACCGUUGUCAAGGAGAUUAUUGAAAAAGUUCGGGAAUAA